GAGAAGAGCAUGUUUCCUCUGGAUGUUGUGGUCGCGUCUCCAAGCUAAUGUCAAACACCUACACGCUGUGCCAUAAUGAACUGUUAUAACAGAAUAGCCCGUACGGGUGAAUGGGCCUCCGGCCUGAUCACCCUCUUGUCUCGGGUCAAACCACGGACAAACUGUCGCUGGGGUCCGGACGCAGUGUUGUCCCACAGCCGGUGCCAGGCCACCAACGCAGGACAGAAACCCCGCCUGAGAGCGAUCGACCUGGCCCGGAAGGUCCAGCAGGAGAAGACGACGACAGAAGCUGCCCAGGCUCCGGUGUCCGGCCAGCAGAGGAGGGUGAUGGAGCUGAAACGGUUCAGUCUGCAGCUUCAAAAUGUUCAUCCUAACGUGCUGGCUAAACACCUCCACCGAAGCGUGCUGUACCAGGAUAAAGAUGUAGUGGUCCUUAAUAAACCUCAUGGCGUCCCUGUCCGAGAUAACUCCAGGGUCACAUCGAUCUCCUCUGUGCUUCCUGUCCUUUCCAAAAUGUUGGAUGGGAUGAAGAUCAAGUCUGAUUCUCAGCUGCUCCCCUGUCUGGGGCUUGAGAAGGAGACAACAGGAGUUCUCCUGCUGGCCAGGAGUGAAGAGGCAGUGGAACACAUACUCAACCUGCACAGAAACCACCAAGUGCAAAAAAAAUACUGGGUCAUCACAGUCGGUGUUCCUGUGCCAUCUGAAGGAGUGAUUGACAUUCCCAUCAUAGAGAGAGAAGUCAGAGGCCCCCAGCCACACUACAAGAUGGCGUUAAGUCCUCUUUUCAAAAUGAAUGAUGAAGGUGAUGGUGUAACCAAAGUCCGAGCCAAUCGGCAAGCUCAUUCUGCUGUGACCAAGUACAGAGUCCUGGACAGCAGCAGUGGUUGCAGCCUUGUGGAGCUUCAGCCUUUUACAGGGGCAAAGCACCAGAUGAGGGUUCACAUGGCAUUGGCUCUGGCAUGUCCCAUUCUAGGUGACCAUAAAUAUUCCCAGUGGAGCAAACUGGCACCCCAGAAAUUACCGGAACGUGUGUUGGGAAGGCUUGGACUGGAGCAGAGCAAGAUCCGGUAUCUUCCUCUUCAUCUACACGCUCGACAGCUGACGCUGCCAGGAGCCAAUCAAGCAGACAUCAACGUGUCCUGUCCUCUCCCUAAGUACUUCACACAAACACUGCAACGACUGCAUUUAAACCUUCCUCAUGAAAAAGAUGAUAAAUAAUGGCAUCCUCGCUUUUUGUUAAAUUCUUUGCAAUCCAAUAGAUGUCUGCAAGUAGUGGACAUCAGCUGUGAAGGAUUUCGGACUGCCACAUGGGGAAAAGAAAGUGUGUUACCAUUUAAAUUAAAUGGAAAAUUAAAUUAUAUCAAGCUGGGGUUUUUUUGUAGGGCUAUUUUGUAAAAUUGUCAAACAGAGAAGAGACUGUGUAGAAAAUGACUGUACAGUGCUAUACAACGGAUUUUAGUAAUAAACAUAUGAAGCAGAACUGUA